AUGGCGCCAACCACCCAGAACACCUCCAACCAGGAGGUUCAGGAGUUAGACACAACCCCCGUGACCAGUCCAUCAGGACCACCAGCCACACCACGUAACCGUUCCUUUUCUUCCCUUUCCUCGCCUUCUUCGUCCUCCACUUCCCCCUACGCCACCGCGGUAACCACUCAGCCGCGACGACGGGAGCCUUCUCAGCCCCUGGAUGUUACUCCCUUAGCCACCUCCAACUUCCUCGUCGCCGGCACGGACGCAAGUUUCAUGGGAUACACAACUCCCACCAGAUCUGAGUCAGGCACAGCAGCAGCAAUAACGGCACAGGGCAUGGGGAUAACAGGCCAAGACACAGUCGACUCUGCUAGCACACCACAGGCUCAUGAUAGCUCGACGCGCGAGGAAGAAGUGAAUACAGAGGAUGCUGCAAAGAGGAGGAAGAUCAGGAUGCAGACAGGGGCUGCUCGUUCAGCUUUUUUAAACUGGGUGGGGAUAAAGGGAGGUUAG